CAACAAUGACCACUGGAUAUGCUUCAGGGCUUGCUGAAUGCGGGAACAGAUGCGAGCGCCAACACCGUAGAAUGGGCGAUGGCGGAGCUAAUGGCGAAUCCCGACAUCAGGAAGAAAGCCCAAGCAGAGCUGGAUGCGGUCGUGCAAGACCGCCUGGUCCAAGAAUCGGACAUCCCCAACCUUCCCUUUCUGCAAGCCAUCGUGAAGGAGAAUUACAGAAUGCAUCCGUCCGCGCCACUCUCUGUUCGCCAUGAAUCACACGAGCCGUGCGUGAUCUCGGGGUGCGAGUUUCCGGCCCUCACAGAACUGAUCAUGAAUAUCUUCGCCAUCCAUCGCGACCCCAGCGUGUACGAGAAUCCAGACAAGUUCGACCCCACCAGGUUUGUGAGGAGUCCAGAGGUGGAUCCAGUGGCGGGGAACGACUUCUACCAACUGAUGCGGUUCGGCGCAGGGCGACGAAUGUGUCCGGGGCAACAACUGGGCAACACGAUGGUGACGUCGAUGUUGGCGAAUCUACUGCAAUGCUUCGAGUGGGAGACGGCGACGAGUGAGAGAGAGAGCGGAGGCGGAGGAGGCGACGAGGUGGGGGUGGAUAUAGCGAACCACUACAGCUUCAUAAACUACCGCCAGAAGCCCUUGUACUUGCUCACCAAGCCCCCACGCCUUGCGUCUCUGCUCCAGCCAACGUUAGCCAUAAUUCUGUUUCUGUCAACACCGCAACAAAUUUUAUUUUCUGAUGGGUUUACUUCCUCCCUUCUCUCUCUCUUUCUUUCUUAUCUUGUUUUUGGAACCGUGCAUCUGCGUCACUGUUCUGGUUUGCUCCGCAAAGUUGUAACUGCUUCCACUCUCACGACAAUAUUCAACCACGCUGAGUUGCAAUGGGGAAACGUUACGGUACCCCGAGGAAAGAAUUCGAGGUUUGUUGGAGUAUUGGACAUCUUGGGAAGUGGCCACUGCAGUUGCACAUGGACAAAGAUCGUUCGGCAUUUAGGUUCGUUACGUGGAAUUGCAUCAUGUGCAUCGAUCAAGGGUUGUGGCAAUGCCCGAGAUGAGGCAGUGCUUUGA